AUGUGCGCAAGGAAAGGCGGAGCGGGAGGAGGACGGCGGCAGCGGCGACGGCAACGACGUGAACUCUCGAGUGGGCAGCGGCGCUCUGAACGCGGAGCUUUCCGGGUUCGGCCUCAAUCCCCGUACCGUCACCGGCCGAGCCGUUCCCCAUUGGCCGGCGGGCGGGACGGGACGCGCCUUCCGUAUGUCCUGUCUGUCCUGAAAUUUACCUACCCUACCCUUUUUCAAGGAUGGCAGACGUUAGUUGGUGGACUUCUGCUUCAUGUCUCCUGGAAGUUGGGCUGGGUGGAGAUAAGCUUGUGUUCAAGGUCUGAAAUCCUGUCCUGGCUUCCUGCGUCGGUAAUUUUUGUGGGCAUUAUUUAUGCUGGCUCUAGGGCACUGUCUAGACUGGUAAGAAGCACACAGCCAAUUCCAGUGUUCCUUACUAUACACAAUGCAGCAGAAGUCAUAACCUGUGGCUUCCAGAAGUUUGUGCAGAAAGAGCAGAUCUCUCAUCUGAAAGUCUGUAGUGUGCUGUUCCUCCUGGUAGCAGCAGUGUGCCUUCCUUUAUGUGACACGCAGUUUGAUCCAAACGGUUAUCUGUGGGCUCUAAUUCACUUGAUCUGUGUUGGGGCCUACAAAGUAUUUCACAAGUUAUGGAAACCUAAUUCUUUAAGUGACUUGGACCAACAGUACAUCAACUAUGUAUUCAGUGUGGUGCUGUUGGCUUCUGCAUCCCAUCCAGCAGGUGAUCUCUUCAGUGCCUUGGACUUUCCAUUCCUCUACUUCUACAGAUUUCAUAGCAGUUGCUGUGCCAGUGGACUCUUGGGAUUCUUUCUGAUGUUGCACACAGUGAAGCUAAAAAGCAGCACAACCUUGGGGCAGUAUGCAGCAUGGAGUUUCCUUGCAAAGGGAUGAAGACAAUGACAACUUUGGAAAAGAUGUGCUGCCAGUCAGGCCAAAAGCAGAGUUUCCACUAACUGGGACUGACAGGUUUAAUGGGUUGAGAGUUUUUGUACCCUAAUUGCCAUUAGUGUUGCUAGAACGACAUCUCAAGAUGCAAUAUAUAGGGAAAGGAGGUGGAGAAACUCAUGGAAUGACUGCUCUAAUGGGCCAGCAUCCUUUUCUCUCUCCAGACAUAUUCAGAUGUCAGAUCUUUGUCUUGAUAUUUUGCCCAACAUGGAGUAAAAGUUCAAAACUUAAACCUAUUAGCUUUUGGGAUUUGUUGCUUAUCUUCAAUCUGAGGAAAGAGGGAACCUCAUAAAAACAAGCAAUGGUAGCUCUGUAAAAUUCACCUAUGCAAUUAGUUUUAAAAUGUCAUGUUGUGCCAGGGGCAGGGGGAAACAGUUUUCUUUGUCUUUCUAUAAUGCUAAUAUGUACUUGGUAUUGGUUUUGUUCAGCUGAGUAGAAGCAAGGAAAAAAAAACUGCCUCUCAUACAAAAAUUGGCAAGAAACUUGGUAAUAAGCCUGUAGGAUGCACAAAAGUAUGCUGCUUUGCUAUGAGCUUAUGUUUACUAUCCUGAUGGCAAUUUAGAAGCUCUCAUUUCUCCAGUAAAUGUUUCUGUAAUCACAGCAAUGGUUGCUGGCUGAUCUGCCAAAGCAACUGACUGCAGGAGUGCAGUCUGAGACAAACUCAUCUAAAACUGUUUUUUUUGCCUCAUUUUGCAUACAACUUCCUUACCCAGUCAGAACACUGAAGACAGACAAAGAUAUUGCAAUUUAGAUAAUGAAACCCUUUGGGAAUGCCUGGCCUAUGGGCUCAUUGAUCACUGCAGCUACAUGUGAUUUGGGAUGAUUGUAUUGAAAACUUCUUGCUCUCAGCAUCAUCGAACUCAUUAGUGAUCCUGCCAGGCCUGCCAGACACAACAUUAAAUUCAGUGGUGAUCUAUCUUUAGAAACUAGACGAAACUGGUCUGCAGCAUUUCUGAGAACAACACAUUCUUUUUAUCUAACGACUUAAUGCUUUACUUCAGAAAAAUGAUCAAUUUUCUGUGCUUCAAUCCAUUUGAUUACUCAUACUGUAUUAUUUUCUUUAACUGGAGGCAGGCUUAGUCAGAUAUACUCCUAUAAUGCUACCAGAGAGCAGUAUUCAGCAGCUAGACUUACAGCAGGGUAACUUUCUAACCUCUUAAUGAAUUCAAUGCCACGAAGAAUAAACAUGAGGUGAACUAGCUGGUUUUAUAAGGACACAUACUAUCUGAUACUCUGCGUUUUUCUGUACAUUAGCUCAUCACCUCCGGCCCCAGUGACAGGCAGUCAUUCUGACCCCAGCUGAUAGCUGGAUGCAAAACCAGCUGGAUCUGCAUGACACUGCCAGCUCUACUCCUUCCCAGCUCCUUUACAUUCACCUUCUGGACAGACUUUUAGAGAAACCUGGAAGCUCUGAAAAGGCUAUUGUAACAUCACCAACUAAAAUACUACAAUAGGUAUGAUUUCAAUGUGUGAGUGAAAAUGAAUGCUUAGUUUUUGCCACUAACAAAAACAAGCCUAAAAAGCCCCUUUUCAAAACUUGUUUUUAAACUGUGAGCUGUAAGGAUGUGUGCCAAAGGAAAAACAAUUUAAAGCAACAGAACUGUAAAAUCAACUAACUGCUACCUUUUCUCCUGGGGGGGAACAACACGGUACCUUUUUCGUUUUCUGUAGCAUUGCUAAUAAUAACACACGUAACCUUACCAUUCCCCUUUUUGAAAGUGCUCAGACACUAUAAAAGAUGAGUAAGAAUUGGACUGCUUUCAGUUCUAGGCCUAUGUCCCGCAAGUCACACAGAGCAUUGCCAACAAAGCCCAUGAGGAUUGCCAGACCUGUGCAACAUUUCCUUGGAGGCUGAAGGAGAAGUGGUGCCUAACAAAGCUCCAAGAGCACAUAAGCAAUGGAGAAAAUUGGUGCCCUUGCUCCCACUACCCAGGAAAUGUCUCUUCCAGAACUGCUACGUGGAAGCUGGUCCUUCCCUACCACACAUGGGGCACAGCCAGGGUCCACGGAGCAUCUUGGCACUGAGCGGGUCCUGGAAGAGCAACAGCACCAGGGUUCAACUCCACUUGCUGUGAGCUGCCACUGCAACCACUCACCUUUGACAAAGGAGGUGUGCACCACAGCAGCUCAGGAGUGGCACAAGGCACACCUCUGAUAAUAUCCCAUUUUCUGCCAAUCUGCAGAACUAUACAGGAAUUGAUCCUCCUCUCCUUCAAGGGAAAGAAUAAAGGGGAUGCUGAGCUAGAACUCUGGUUCCAAUACUCAUUGCAAAGCAGAUCUUCCAUCAUUUUCAGUGUUGUAUUUAAUUAAGAAAAGGAACGUGAAGAGAAGUAUUAGCAUAACAUUGCAUACGAUCCUCUAAAUUUCUAAGUACUAUUUCUAAGUACUCCACACAUCCCUAUGUGGUAACAGUAUGCAUGUUUCCCAGGUAAGCAAGAUUUCAUUCAGCAGAAAAAAUCCAGAUUAUGAGUAAUACUCUUAGCCACAAAGAUCUCGAGUACAUUGAGACAUAGCAACUGCACAUGCAAAUCUGCAGUACUACUGACAGCCCUUCAGCUGCCUUACCACUAACCUGUGGACCACACAAUGAUGUUAUAUUUCAUAAAAACAUAAUCAAAGCCAAGCAUUCUACCAGUAUUACUGGUGCUGCUAAUAAUGCAUGCCUCUGCAGACUGGUCACUAGCCAUAAAGAGUUUGUGUGUCUGCUAAUUUAGUAAGAGAGGCAAUACUGCUGUAACAGUGUAGUCAGUACGGAGCAGCUCUCCCAUCACGGCCCUUAUCUACCAUUAAGCCAUGCACAAGGUCUGCCAACUUAGGGCUGUAACAUUGUAGGACUUUGGGGCUAAGGGAGGGCAGCAGGCAAGACUUCUGCUUCUUUCAGCUGCUGACUGCCUUCCCUAUGUUGCUGUAAUCUGGCUAUGUUUGCAUUUACAGCUACUCUGGCAGACUAGAUGGGAGUUAAGCUCAUUACCCAACUCUUGAUCAUGCAGACAGGUGAAGCUGUGCCUGCCAUCGCACCACCCACAAAGAUGUGGGCAACCUUACAGUAACCAGACCUGAAGAGGAGACGUUAUGGCCCAGAUCUGCAUAAGUAUCUAUCUCUGAGUGAUUUCAGCAGCAGGAAUACACAAAAUUCUAGUGAUUGCUGCUGUUCAUGACUUCUUUCUCUCCAACAUACCACUCUUUGGUUUACACUUGCCUCUCUUCAACAAAAGAGAAAAGUAAAGCAAUCAAUUUCCCUGGCAAAUGGUGUCCUCCCCUCUUAGCCCCAGCAUGUGCAACCCGACAUGCCUACUGAAACAGCAGGUAGCAAAAUCUGCCAUCCAUCACUGGCAACCCCUGCUCUGCUCUGCAGUGCACUUCCUUCCAGAAUCCUGCUGCAAGCCCUACUCUGGUGAACCUGCUGCUGCCUGGCUGCAGGGGAGGGGGUUCUGGGAGAGAUAUUCCAAGGGACAACUCAAAUUUAGUCCUCUCGUGUUUCUCCCCAAACACUCAUUUGUAUUUGCACAGCCAUUUAAGAACGUAGCUCGAGGAGUAAGGGUAAGGUCUACAGCGUAUUUCUUGCAUAUGGCUGCUAAGGGGUCACAACGUCCCAUCCAUCCUGGCCAAGAGCACAGAAUUUAGCUGUGUAGGCAAGAAUUGCCUUUCAGGCAGCUUUUAAAAUUGAUCUGUUAGUGCAGUUCAGCUGCCAGCCUUGAUACAGUGGAACUCUUCUGUGUUGCCUACAAUGUACUGGGCACUGGCAGCCUCCCCAAACACAGCUGUGCCAGGAGGUCUCCUCACACGCUGCAGAACCUACAAGUUGGAGCAGAGGUGGAGAAGCAGCAUCCACUCUGCCAUGUGCUCCUGCCACUUGGAGCAGUCUCUCCUACAUGAACAUCCAACCCGCUUUCCUGCUUCUGCCCGGGCUCACCGUUUUAAUUGCAGACAUGUCCAGAAUUCCCUGGAAUGAUUUUCUUCUCCUCAGCUAGUCAAUAAAGUUUACAGAACAUAAACCAGUCAGGACAGAUGCAUCAGCAAUCCAGAGAGAAAGCAAAGCUAAAAGAUGCUGUCACUACAAAAGGGUACCAGUGUCCCACUCCUACCACACAUCCAAAAUGUGUGUAGUAGUAAGCAGCUACUGUGCAGCCUGAACAGAGUGGCUACAGUUUAUGACAUAGUGCCUCAUCUGUUCGUAGCACCAGCUGUUCCUGGAAGGGGGUGCCACUUAAUUGCUUCUCUCUUCCUCUAAUGCUCUGGAACAAAGUCAGAGGGUGAUUUUUUUUUUUCAUCUUGGCUUUUUAACAAAGGGAAUGGGGCUGGAUUGCUGUGUACUGGCACUUUUUACCUUCUCAUCCCAUUAUGGAUCCAUUAUGAGUGUAAUUUUGAAGAUAUUUUGAAGAUAUAACCAGUCAUCAGUGUUUCAAAAUAUAUUCACUUUUCAACAAGGAAACAAUUUCUAGAGGGCAAUGGCCAUAAAUGAAUGACAAUGUACCACAGAAGAAUGAACAAAGCUGCCAAUCUGUCAAGAAUUUCCCUCAUGUGUCAUCCCUGCUUAAUUAAGGGAAAAAUUUUCCUGUAAGACACAGGAAAGCAAGUCAACUUUCCUACAAAGGUACUUCCUUUCCUCUUUGCAUUAGAAAUAACCUCCCCUUCUUUUGAAUUACUGAUGCAUGAGCAGAUGUUGCAGAUAGCUCUCUCGAAUUAAACAGAUGACUGAAAAAUAUGAGCCAAGUCCAUCUUCUAUGAGCUGGAUGAACUUGAUGCUAAAUGAUUUGUGGGUCUUUCAAACCCACCUCACCGUAUCAGCCAAAUACUUCCCCCAGGCUUGCGGGGGUCUGCAGGCACUGAGCCAACACUAACUGCUGGCAACUCUCAGCUCUCUAGGGAGUGGACAGGCCUUAACCCUCUGCCCCAGACACACAGAGCUGCAGCCCUGUGCUGCCCCCUCUCCAGUCAUGCCCCAGAGCCUUGGAGAUGUCACUACCUCCCUCAAUCCAGUUUCAUUGCAGUUUCAUUGCAAGAGCAAAAAAGCUUUAGAGAACAGCUUCAACCCAAACAAUCUUUUCUAUCAGAGGUCUCAGCCCUUCCGGGGAUGUAAGGAAGCUCUAUGGAAGUUGCUUGCGGCUCCUAAGAACGUGUGUAGCAGUUGCCAAAACAAUGCCAGCAUUGCUACAGCUGUCUUUUUACGAGCUGAAUGAUCUGACCAUUUACCACAAGUACAAUUAAAAGGUAUUAUGUUCAGACUCAGUUAUUUCCCAGUAGUACUGGAAAUGUAGAUAGAGUAGCACCGUAUUCAUGUGGAAGAAUCAGAAGGCUAGGACUGCUUAUAAAAUCAAAGUUGCUCUGUCUGCAGUACUUAUUUGGUCAAUGAUGAAUGAAGUCAGAAGAAACAAAAAAGGCUGUGGAUAUUUCAGAAACACAAAAUGGAGACAGGGUAGUUUUCUCUGGUUUAAUAGACAAAGAUACUACAACACGUAUAAAUAAAGUAGGAAGUGAGAAUUGCAAUUUCAACCUGGUAAUGUCCCACAGUACAAACAUUUCUAAAUGCAUUUAUCUUUUCUCAGAGCAGAUACUUAAAAGCAUUAGCUUCUGACAUUCUCUUAUCUGUAGUCAGUUCUACAUGCAGGCCCAGAAAGACUACAUAGUAUGUGUAUAAAUAUACAUACCCGACUUGGGUACAGUCUCGAUAUGGCAGCACUGAAAAUAUGCUACAGAAGGAUCUUCUGCUGCUGAUAAGGACUAUUCUAAAAUAUAAAAGAAAAUAAAAGAAAUCAAAGACUAAAAUUUAAAAAUCCCACCACAAUAAGCAAAGCAACAGAUGUAAUCGUUGAGGAAUUCAUAAUCACAAAACUUCCAUCACCAACCAUUUCUCCCUCCUCUUUUUUAUCUCACGGUAAGGUAGUGCAUAACUGACUCUUUACAGAAAUGCUACAGUAUGUGCCUUAUGCCGCAAAAGAGCAGUGGAGCCCCAUCCCCUACGCAGGCUUUCUAAGAAGAACACAUUGAACGCGCCUUACUUGGAAUCCAGAACAGAUGCUUUUCUAAAAGUCCCAGUGAAAGAGAGUCCACCAGAAGAGCCAAGGAGCUGUUCUGACGAUUCAUCAGCUCACCUAAAACACAGCUAACAAAUCCAACAGCACCAGCAAUCACCUGGGAUACGCACAGCUCAGCGGCUGACUUCAGACUCUGCAUUUAUUGGCCAAAAAGUAAAUCCAGCUACUGGUCACAACCUUUCCUCUGUUUAACUUGAGAUUUUCAGCUCUCUGUUCUUGAAAUAGAGUUUUAUGGAUCAAGUCAAAUUCUGCUGUUACGAUAAGCUUUCAAGUCCUUCCACUGCUUCUCCCUGAAUCUUUUCCUGUCUUCCCUAUCAUCCUUCUCGGCCUCUGGGCAUUACCACUGGAUUCAGCGACUGCACAGUCAGCAGUGUCAUCUAAGUUUCAUUCUUACCUUUAAGAUUAGUGUCUAGCCCUGAAGACUCACCUGCCUCUGUACAAAGUAAUCCCAUCAGCCCUCUUGGUUAUGACGUUGCACUGACACUCAGGCGUGACUGAUCACAUCACCCCUUGCCCCUUUCUCCUUCAGCACCACAUCUAUCUCAGUAACUCAUUGCCAGGACUGGAUCCUCCUCCUGUAAACAUGGCAUGCCUUUGUUCACUUUGUGCAGGCAGGUAGCUCAACAUUUGGCUACGUGAAAGUGCAAUUUAUAUGCCUCAGAAUCCAGGGCACUCUUGCAGCAACUAUUUUGUGCUGUUAACCAGUUUCCAAAUCUCUGUAACAUCUGCAAAGCCACCAUGUGGCAUUAAAUCAAAUACCUUAGAGCAACCUAUCUGUUUUACACCUACACUAUUUAGCCAUCAACCUCUGACAUAUCAUCAAGAAACAUCAAAACUACCUUCAGGUCAAGACUCAGUUUUCAUAAAACUACACAGACUGCCAAAAGCUAAAUAAUUAAAGUUUUAGGAGGUGAAGCUGAGCAAGAAGCCAAAAGAAAUUUGAUUGAGAUAUAAGAUAUACAGUAUAAAUAAAAUAUUAUUUAUAAAUAUACCAUCUUUCCUCAUUAGCUUCAGGACACCAACUGUUGUACAAUUGUACAACAUAUGCUGAAAAGACCCUUUUUCCCCCAGAACUAAACCAGUGGACUACUGCUUCUCAAAUUCCUCUAAGACACAGUGAUGGCAAUUUCUACACUUCUAACCUUGUUAGUGUCACAAUUUACCUACGUUUCACCUUCCUAGAAGUCUCCACUUGUGACCCAAAGUGCUAGAACUUAUUGCUGGGCUGGUUGUCAGGGCUGUUUCACUUCCUUCUUUUGAUUUUCUCAGCGUUGUCUAUCAUAGGUCCCUAAAAGGUGAAGAUUUCACCCAAACUUUUCAUCUUUGUCCUAUACUGGUCAAAGUUGGAUGACGAACUCUAGCAAGCUACUUUGUUCUUUAUUGUCUGAAAAUCAGCUUACACACUUCUAAGUCUUGUACCCCUCAUACUGCUUUUAAAGCACAGUUUCCUUAUGGAACCAGCUUAGUCAUAGUUCUUGGAAAAGGCUCAGGCUCCCCAGAGAGAUGCUGCAUGCAAGUAUCAGCUCUUGAGGAAAGUGUCAGCUCAGUUGGAAAAAUGCAGAAUAAUCAAUCUUCCCUCUCCUGGUUCAUUCUAUUACACCAAUUCUACUUUCUUCCUUAAAAGUAUAUUUAAAAGCAAAGUGGUAUUUACCCUUUAACACAGGGGGUCUCUAAUAAUGAACAUACAGACAGCAUCAGGAAACCCUCCCGCACCAGAUGCAGUAUGAUCUGAAUUCCACAACAGCCCUCACUUAAGGUAACUAUCUCCUGUCAAAUAAGACAGACUCGUGGUGCUGCAGUAAGUUAUAAGCAAGGAGAAUCAUUUUUCACAUUUGAGAAAGACAGGCCACAAGCAAGAAAACCCCCCCAAACUGGCAUAUGACUAAUUUUGUGUAAGAACACUGCUUAUUGCUGAAUGGUUGCUAACCACAACAGCUUGCUUGUUCAUUGAAAGCCUUGUUUGCUGAUGUAUAACGGGCUGCCCAGAGAGGUUGUGGAUGCCCCGUCCCUGGAGGUGUUCAAGGCCAGGUUGGAUGAGGCCCUGGGCAACCUGGUCUAGUAAAUGAGGAGGUUGGUGGCCCUGCCCGGCAGGGGGGUUGGAGAUUCAUGAUCCUUGAGGUCCCUUCCAACCCAGGCCAUUCUGUGAUUCUGUGAUGUAUGAAACUUGGCACAGAUUUUGAGGUUGACAUCAGAAAGCAUCUUUGAAUUCAGAAAACCACAGUAUCCAGAAGGCAUAUUUCCCCCAUUCCCUCUGGCUGCUUCUGGAACACAGCACUUCUACUAAUGUCCCAUAACUCCCUUAAAGAAAAAUAAAUGGGUGCCUUCUAUGCCUUCACAGUUGGCAUUGUAGACAACAACGCGAACCUACCAGAGAAAGCUUGACAUAUGUAUCUGCAGGAAUCAGGUCAGAAAGGAAACAAAAAGCAUCAGCAGAGCCCCUGGGUUGUUUUUUCUUUUUUUUUUUCCAGAUUUCUUUCCCUUGGGAACCAAACAUGUUCCGUGAAACAGGGGACCCUCACUACAUAAAGACUGUCCAGGCAGAGUGGGAGAGGAGCGCAUGGCCUCUCCUCCACAGCCAGGUUAUCAGACUUCCAAAGAACCACAAAGUCCAGAACCUUCUUAGAAAGCAUGCUUUGGAGGAGGUGUGAUGAAGGCUGGCUGCUCUUCAAGAAAGUCAGAUUAUUGUUUAUGAGAGAAGGCCAUUUUUCUGGAUUUCAGCUCUUCGUCUGCGCCUGUGAUGGUGCACAGCUCCAAAUGAGCUCUCUCAGAUAGGAGAAGCACUUCGAGUCAGAGGGGGUUUAUGUGCCUUGACUGCCAUUGUGCCACGUAGACACAUUUAAAAUUACUUUGUGCCAAAAAGUUCACAUUUUAUUUCUCACAUUUUACCAAGAGGUUGUACUCAUUACUAUGGUUCAAAGAAACCACUAUGUUGCAAGAGAGCUCUCAUAACGUCCAACUGUCUGAGGCUCUAAAAGCUAAUCCUCCAACUUCUUUAAUGAGGAGUAUGCUACGAAACUACAAAAAUAUACAGAGCAUGAGGCUAUCCUCAGAAUCAGUAAUUUGCCUGAUUUGGGGAAUAGCAUGCUUCCUUCAGUUUCUAUCGAGGCUCUAUCAUGUUGCAGCAAAAGACUUCGAAUGUAAAACACGAUAUGUAUCAUAUGUAUCACAUACAUGCUGAAUAUUUCUUCAUAUGUGACUGAUGAUGUUUCUGUCCCUGUAGGUAAAGGUGAAUACACAGGCCAUAAAUGCCAUCUUGGUACCAGACUUUGGGAGUCUCCCAAGUUUAAGGUGGGCCUAUGUGAAAGCGGUAGAGAAUAACCAUCAACAGUGGUGAGCCCACUCAGUCAAUCUCUUAGCGUGUACGUGUGCAUCACUAGAAUUAAAAGGGCAGCAAAACAGACCUUUCAUAGCCUACGGGUUCUGUUUGGUUUUGGCACAGAACCAUACACUAAUGGAAAUUUGAGAAAGCAGUGGCACGGGAGUGGGAGAGGAGUAUUGUUUUACUGCUAUAUAGGAUGACUCCAGAAAUGUUCUUGUCACAUUCUUGCCCUGAAUUGUUUGUUCAGCUGGCUCAUGUUGCUAUUUUGGUGGCCUGUUUCUGCUAAAUAGGAAAUCUUCUGCUUCACAGUUUAUGGAAGUGACCACCAAUAAACCUGCUGAGUAAAGGCACUAGGUCUCAUAGGGUGAAACCACAUGCUGGUGGCCACAUUUCCUAACCCGUAUGAUUGGUUGGCUUGCCUUUGUCUUUUAAUGGGAAAUUUAUUUUGUGUUGUUUUACAAGACUGCUUUGAUAGUACUGUCUAGGAAAUCUAGUCUUCCAGUUCCUUUAAUAAACCACAUCCUACAAAUCUGAAGAAACUGGUUUAACCACUGCACAAAACUAUCAACAGGAAGCUUUACAAAGUAUUGCUGAUACGCUGUGAUCUGUGUAGGUGGUUUUUCUCUGUUCUGAAAUAUCUGAACCACUGUUAGACCAAUGGCCGGUCCUGCCUUUGUGCAGCGCUGCUGAAGGCUUUCACCAGAGCACUGCUGCUCAACAUGUGCCAUCCCCAGAAAUAAGAGGGGAAGAGGCCUCGGCACUCCAGGGCAAGGAAAGUCACAGGCUGAGAGCCACAAAUAAGGGCAGUCAAAGAAGGAAAACAAGCCCUGAGCUACCAACCACACUGCAUUUUUCUUUGCCAUGAAACUCAGACACAUGCCGGAGAAAGAAUACCUAAAAGCACUAGUUAUUUUAAGCCUAGCUAUCAAAUAAAAAAAUAUAUUAGUGUAGAUGCUUUCGAAGCUGAGUUCCUCAAGUCAAGCCACGUAAAAGGGCAUUGUGCAGCGACAGAAGGGUCACAGGUUUUGGGGAGAGCUCCAAAAGACUGACUCCAGCCGGGCUGAGCCUUCCUGCACACUCACAUGAGCUGCCUCGGAAAAGACCCUGGGCAAGGCAAGGAGAAAGGUUUCCUAUCUACUGCAAUACCUGCACUCCCCUGUGUCACAGGCAACUGUGGAGGUCUAAAGGACUACAGUAAAGGACUAAACUGUGAAGAUCUAAAUCAGAACCUCUGAUUCUAGGUUGAACAUAUAAAGCACAUUCACCUGACUUCCCAGGGGCCUUUUUCAUCCAGAAUGACUUAACUCCAGUGACUGCAACAGCAUCCAGACCCCUUGGAAAAGCAGGGUACGUGCUCAGAUUACUUACUGCUAGAGAUAGCUGGCCCUAGAGGACACAAAGUGUUGACUUUGUAUUUUAUUUUUAGUUAACAUCAUUGUGACUCUUUGUCCAUAGGAUAAAAGCAUUUCUAAACUGCCUCUCUUUUCUUACUGUAUCCGUGUUCCAGAUAAAGGGAUCUUUAUUAUGAUUAUGGAAAUAUUCUGGAAAGUUGUGUCUGUUGAUAAAGAUAAGAAGCCAAUUGAAUAACAAAAGCUUACACACUGUUUUCUUAGCAAGAAAAAUAUUCUGUUUUAUUACCAGAUGCAAUGACUGAUACGUAAGUUAAGCCAAAAUGCUGCACAUAUCCUGCAAAUAUAUUUUCGCAACAGAUGGA